AUGAAAGCAUGCCUUUUGGUACUAGUAGGAGUACUAGUGGGAUUGUGUGUGGGAGAUAGGGUUAUUGGCACUGGAGAGGAAUGAUAUGACUGAGCGAGAGGGGAAGGAAGAGUCUGUGUUUAUAGAGAUGAGGAUGGAUUAAGUCCUAUUGGGAAUUCGAGAAGGAUCUGAUGAAGUCAGUUUGAUUAUAUUGGGAGAUGAGGAAGUAGCCAUACUGUUUGCACAGAUAAAGCUGCGGAUGUUGCAACACUAGGUAGAGAUUAUCUUCUUUGAGAUGAAUAUAACACUUGUGAAAACUAUAAGUAUUAUGCAGUUAAUUCAGAAUUUUCAACUGAGAAAAUAGCUUCGAUUGCUGAAUUCGAAACCUGUAUUCUAAAAUUAUACAACCAUGGCUCUGAAAGUACUGAGAUAAUUUUGAAAGAUGCUGUUGCUGAAGGUAUGACUGUUUACAUGUAUUCAAAGGAUAGCUCAGAUUCUUAUAAUUUUACUUACCAAGGUUCUAUCACUGAUGGUAAAAAUGAAAUGGCGCAUUUGGUCGUUGAUGAAAAUCUGCCUGUGUAUUUUGUAGUAAUCCCUGAUUCAAAAGAAAAUUCUUUAUCUUUUAGUUUUAAAGCUGUCCAUUCUAGAAAAGAUGACUCCUUACUAACCCUAAUGGUAGUAUUUGGAUCAGUGGGAGUCUUUUUAUUUUUUAUGUGAGGGUUUUGCUGUUUCGUAAGAUGGAAAAAGAGGCGAAGUGAUAGAAAAGCUUUAAAAGGAUCAUCAGAUUCAAGCAUUCCUCUAAACUUGUCUCACAGUAAUUAUCAUCCUGGAAGAACUACUCUUUCUUUUGAGUAUGUUGAAGACAAGCCCAUUGAAAAUAAAGUGAUUUUUAGUCAGAGAAAUAAUAAAAACACUCCAGAAGGCCCUUAUUCUGUCCCUUCCUACCAACUAGACACAGAGGAUGAUCCAAAUGCUCCACUAAUAAAUUCUAACGAACCUAUCUCCUUCUCUACAAACCUCGACACCGGAAGCGACUAUUACAUUAACCCUAUCGAUCAAGACUCCAAAAAUCAAUAAAAUCAUCCCCAA